AUGUCAGCUUAUAACCAAAAGAUUUACAGCGAGCUGUCUGCGGUAUCAGUAUAUCAAAUAUUCGGCUCUGAAGAAAUCCUGAUAUGGACUCAACGUGGUAUAAUAAUAGCAGGAUGGAAUCGAAUACGACUUCCAUUGAGAUUCUCUCCUAUGCCAUCCAAGAUAGUUAUAAAAACAUCGACAGCACGAGGACAAUUUGUCGCGAUUACGAACACAAACAUUGUUGAUGAAAGUGGCAGAGAUUUGGCUUGCGGUGGGAAUUUGCAUGUGAUCAGGCCAAAAAAUGAAAAUCUCAUACGCCUUACCGCUAUUCAAAGGCUUGAUCCUGGAGAUUCGGAAACUUCUACCAUGAAGCCUACCCUCCGUGUAAUGUCGACCACCAGCGGACCACCUGCAAGGGUGCGACCAAUUUCUUCACAAGUGGUCCCUUCCAUGCAGAAUUCUUUCUCCAUUUCCGCGCCCUCACGAAGCGAAUCAUCGCCUUUUGCAGUAAUGCCGAUAGCCCCAUCAGAGGUCUCCUCAAAUCAGCAGACUAAUGCACCUCGAACAACCCGCGCUCCACCUGUUAGCCCUUCAGCUUUUAUGCCUAUCAAAAAAACCAACAUCACACUUCCAAUUAUGGGACCGGAGCCUACAUUUCCUACUCCUAUUGUGGCUGAGACCAAGCGGACACCAUCUAUCCAAGACCUUAUCAGUGGCAUGGCUGGCCAACCAAUAUUUGAAGGGCAGCUGAAGUAUCUUGCCAAGAAAUUCGGCUUUGAUCGAAUGACAGGCGAACAAGCAGCGCAACGAUUAAUGCAGAUUCAACAGAUGCUGGGAAGCUUGCGGCCACCCCCCACAAGUGGUCGAAAACCAAUUUCUCCAGUCAAUGCUAAGGAGGAAAACUCUAUACCUCCGGAUUUCAUAUCCAAGUUAGCAGCGAUGUUACCAUCGAGUAGCACUAUCAACGGGGCACUGACAAAUAGGAUCACACAAUUCAUCGCGUAA